AUGUUGGCUCAAAGAUUGUCGAAUGACUGGAAGAAUUUCCCGAACUUCAAAGGUUUCUUUGUCGGCAAUGGUUGCCUCAAUUCACAGCUCGAGUUCAACUCACUGAUCCAAUACAGUUACAAUCACGGGUUCAUCGAUGAGACAUUCUACCGCAACUCUGUUCAAAAGUGUUGCAGCAGUGGUGAUUGUGAUUUCUAUGCAAUGGCCAACAAUGAUAAACAUCCGUGCACGAAUAUUUCAAUGGAUCUCUACUAUUCGAACUACUACACCGGCUUGGAUCCUUAUUUCCUCUACUUCACCUGCUAUUUGACUGAUCAGCCCCAAGUCUCCUCCCCACCCAUGGCGAUAAUCAAACAGAAAACGAAAGCGAUCAAGGGAAAGAAAUAUCCAAAAUUGGACACCCUUCCCUCUUGUGCUCACUACAAUGACAGUACUGUGUAUUUGAUGAGACAAGAUGUGAGAGCUGCUCUUCAUAUCCCUUCUGAUGUACAACCGUACAGCAAUUGCAAUGACGCGAUCGCUGAAGAUUACAUUCAACAAUAUUUGGACAUCUCACCGUUCGUCAAAGAAGUUAUCUACUAUCGGAAAAAGGUGAUGUUCUUCAACGGCGACAUUGAUUCUGUAUGCAACGUGGUCCACAAUGAGCAAUUCGUGCAACGAUUGGGAUAUAAGCUUUUGAAAGCAAAAGAACCUUGGAAUGAUAAUGACCAACUUCCACCGGCAAUCGGCAUGUUGACACGAUAUGAUGGCGUCGACCUCUUGACGAUUCGCGGUGCGCCGUCAAUUUCACGUCGUCGGCAAACGAGAAACCGAAAGAGUCCCUUCAAAUGUUCUACAAUUUUAUCAAUGGAAAUGACUACAGUCAACCGAUACCAAAAUAAACAU